UGCCGCUUCUGCUGCUGCCGCCAGUACUGCUGCCGCCGCCUCCGUGCCCGCGCCCCGGAGAUGUCCUUCCCCCAGCUGGGCUACCCGCAGUAUCUCAGCGCCAGCCAGGCGGUGUACGGGAGCGACCGGCCCGGGGUGCUGGCCGCCGCCGCCGCAGCCGCCGCCGCCGCCGCCGCCGCCUCGGGCCGGCCCGCGGGCGCCGAGCUGGGCAGCGGCUCGGCCGCUGUCACCUCGGUGCUGGGCAUGUACGCCAGCCCCUACAGCGCCCCCAACUACAGCGCCUUCCUGCCCUACACCGCCGACCUCGGCCUCUUCUCCCAAAUGGGCUCCCAGUACGAGCUGAAAGAUAAUCCGGGUGUCCACCCUGCUACCUUUGCUGCCCACACUGCCCCCGCCUAUUAUCCCUACGGACAAUUCCAAUACGGGGACCCGGGGCGGCCCAAAAAUGCCACCCGGGAGAGCACCAGCACGCUGAAGGCCUGGCUCAACGAGCACCGCAAGAACCCCUACCCCACCAAGGGUGAGAAGAUCAUGCUGGCCAUCAUCACCAAGAUGACCCUCACCCAGGUCUCCACCUGGUUCGCCAACGCCCGCCGGCGGCUCAAGAAGGAGAACAAGGUGACCUGGGGCUCCAGGAGUAAGGACCAAGAAGAUGCAAACCUCUUCGGGAGUGACAAUGAGGGGGACCCUGAAAAGAAUGAAGAUGAUGAGGAAAUUGAUCUGGAGAGCAUAGAUAUAGAUAAAAUCGAUGAGAAUGAUGGGGAGCAGAGCAACGAGGAAGAGGAGGAGAAGCCCGAGCUCCUGAGACAAAGCAGUGAAGAGGAGCACUUGGAAAAGGAGAAGGAUUUGGCACUGUCAGGGUCUGAAGGGCUGAAACCCAAAGAUGCACUGGCCAUGGUGAAGGAGACCUCUGACAAUAGCACGAGAAUCAUUAGUCCUGGAGGACAGAACAAUUUACAGAUGCCAUCUCACAGCAAACCCAAGAUUUGGUCUUUGGCAGAGACGGCAACAAGUCCUGAUGGUGCCCUGAAAUCUUCUCCUCCUCCACCCCCUCCUCCCCAGGUUAACCACACUUCUCCUCAGAUUCAGCAUCCUGCUUUUCUCCCUAGCCAUGGACUCUACACAUGCCAGAUUGGCAAAUUUCACAACUGGACAAAUGGGGCUUUCCUCACUCAGAGUUCUCUUCUAAAUGUGAGGUCCUUUUUGGGAGUAAAUCACCACCAUGCUGCUCAUCACAAUCACCACCUCCAGGCCCAGCAACAAUCUUCUGUUUUAACAGCAACCCUGGGAGCUCUAAGCAGUGAAAAGCCUUCAGAGAGGACCAGUCCCAAACACAUAGAAAGAGAAAAUGUACCAAGAACUGACUCCCCACCCCAGCCGCUAAAAUCGCCCUUCCAGCCUGUCCGUGACAACUCUUUGGCUCAGCAAGAGGGAACACCGAGAAUUUUAACAGCUCUCCCUUCUGCUUGAUUAAAUGAUUUGGUGAGAAAAUAUUACAGAGACUGGUAUUAAGGACAGAGAGAGUGAAAAAAAGGAAACGGUAUAAACGACUCCCAUAAAUCUCUUUUUGCAAUAAGGUGGUGCAAAUCCAUAAAAACAUUACACAAAUCUGUAGAUGGAUCCCCUUACUCAUUGUACCAUUUCAGAUCGUGUUAUUCUAACCAUUCUUGGAUUAUUUGUUUGGUAAAUGUUUCCCAUGUGUUUGUGGUUUUCUUUUUUCUGUAUAUAGAGUGAUUUCAGAUUGUAAAUAACACGUCAGCAAAACUUGUCUAAAUCAUAUAUUUUUGUCUAAUAAACUAAAUGAAAUUAUG